AUGACGCAAAAUUUUAAUUCGGACAACAAAAAUAACCCCAAAAAUAACACUAACGAAACGAACCAAAAUGCUGUCCCCGAAGAGGACCUAGAACAAAAGGAAAGAAAAUAUCUAAACCGCCUCCUGGUUGAAGAUGCACUUAAUGACGACAACUCUGUCGUGGCACUUAACCCGAAGAGGAUUGACGAAUUAGGAUUAUUCAGAGGUGACACGAUACUACUGAGGGGAAAAAAGAGACGCUCAACAGUCUGUAUAGUUUUGGCAGACAACGACCUCGACGAGACCAAAGCACGAAUGAACAAAAUAGUUAGAAAGAAUCUUAGAGUAAUGCUUGGAGACUUCGUGAGAGUUUCACCAUGCCCAGAUGUUCCAUACGGGAAAAAAAUCCAAGUGCUCCCAAUAGAUGACACAGUCGAAGGUCUUUCAAAGGAGUCGCUGUUCAACGUGUACCUGAAACCAUACUUCCUUGAAAGUUACAGACCAGUGAAGAAAGGAGAUUUGUUUCUAGUCAGAGGAGCUUUUAAGGCAGUUGAGUUCAAGGUAGUGGAGGUAGACCCAGGCGAGUACUGCAUAGUUGCACCAGAUACCAUCAUUUUCCACGAAGGUGACCCGAUAAAACGUGAGGACGAGGAGAAGCUUGACGAUGUGGGUUAUGAUGAUAUUGGAGGAUGCAGAAGACAAAUGGCCCAAAUUAGAGAAAUGAUUGAAUUACCUCUAAGACAUCCUGGAUUAUUCAAAACACUAGGAGUUAAGCCUCCAAGAGGAGUACUACUUUACGGACCACCAGGUACUAUACUUUCAUUUUUAUAUUAUAGGAGUGGAAAGACUUUAAUUGCAAGAGCAGUGGCUAAUGAAACUGGCGCGUUUUUCUUCCUGAUUAAUGGCCCUGAAGUAAUGAGUAAAAUGGCAGGAGAAGCUGAAAGUAACCUUCGUAGAGCAUUUGCAGAGGCAGAGAAAAACGCACCCUCGAUCAUAUUCAUUGACGAAAUCGAUUCAAUAGCACCAAAAAGAGAAAAAACAAACGGUGAAGUGGAGCGCAGAGUUGUUUCUCAAUUGCUAACACUCAUGGACGGCUUGAAAGGUAGAGGCCAGGUCGUGGUUAUUGCCGCAACUAACCGCCAAAAUUCAAUUGACCCAGCACUCAGAAGAUUUGGCCGUUUCGAUAAGGAAAUUGAUAUAGGUGUGCCUGACGACCAGGGUCGCUUGGAAAUUUUAAAGAUCCACACGAGGAACAUGAAGUUGGACCCUCAGGUCAAAUUGGAAGAGUUGGCUGCAAACUCACACGGAUUUGUUGGUGCUGAUUUGGCCCAGCUAUGUACUGAAAGUGCAUUGAGCUGUAUUAGGGAGAAGAUGGGUGUAAUAGACUUGGAAGAUGAUACCAUAGAUUCAAGCAUUUUGGACUCUUUGGCGGUUACACAGGAACAUUUUAACAACGCAAUGAACACUUGUAACCCAUCAUCACUUCGUGAAACGGUCGUUGAGAUUCCAAAUGUUAAGUGGGAAGAUAUAGGAGGUCUGGAGCAAGUUAAAGCCAGUCUUAGAGAAAUGAUCCUCUACCCAAUUGAGCAUCCAGAAAAGUUUGAAAAAUUCGGAAUGUCACCCUCAAGAGGCGUUUUAUUCUACGGCCCACCAGGUUGUGGUAAGACUCUUUUAGCCAAAGCUGUCGCCUCAGAAUGCAGUGCCAAUUUCAUAUCUGUAAAAGGACCUGAAUUGUUAACAAUGUGGUUUGGUGAGUCUGAAGCUAAUGUUAGAGAAGUGUUUGACAAGGCGAGAACAAGUGCUCCAUGCGUGCUGUUCUUUGACGAACUCGACUCAAUAGGCACAUCAAGAGGAAAUAAUGUUGGAGACGCAGGAGGAGCAGGAGAUCGAGUAAUGAACCAGCUUUUGACAGAAAUUGACGGAGUGGGAGCCAAGAAGAACAUCUUCUUUAUUGGAGCAACAAAUAGACCAAAUUUGCUUGACGAAGCACUACUCAGACCAGGAAGACUAGACCAGCUGAUAUACAUCCCGUUGCCAGACCUCCCUGCAAGAGUCAGCAUCUUGAACGCAAUCCUUAAAAAGUCACCAGUUGCAGACAAUGUACCAAUUUCAUACCUUGCGCAGAAAACAAACGGGUUCUCAGGAGCAGAUUUGGCCGAAAUGUGCCAAAUUGCAGCCAGAGCGGCUAUCAGAGACGCAAUCAAGCACGAAGAAAUGAUGAACAACACAACUGACCAAAAUAACAACGCAAUGCCUAACGGAACUGAAUUUAAAUACGAAAUUACACGCAAACACUUCCAAGAAGGGCUGGCCAACGCUAGGCAUAGUGUGACCUCAAGUGAUAUCACGAAAUACGACGCCUUCAGGACUAAAUUCGACCCGCUUUACAAGAACCGUAACGCAGCCACCCCCAACGAUAUUGACUUUGACUGGCCUGAAAACGACGAAGUCAUUAUGGACCCAAUUGAAGAGGACGACUUGUACUCUUAA